AUGCGUCGUCCUACAACUGUGCGAGUUCCUCAUGAACGCCGGCUCUGCUACAUGAAGGAUGCCAUGCGCGCUAUAGACAGCAACUACGCCAAGAGUGUUGAUGCGUCGCGGAUGACGUGCCAGGGGGACGCCCUAAAGCAUGUUGGCUCGACAUCGGGGGGUGACGACAUCCCGGUGGUUACUCGAUCCAUCCAGCCCUUCCACGGCAUGUCGUUCGGUAAGGGCCAAUUGGGGCCGGAGGAAGCGCCGCUCGGCGCACCGUUGAGAUUCCGUUCAAAUCUCCCCGACGACGACAGCCACCUGCUGUCGACGAGUGGCAACCGCCACGUGGUGGGUUUUACACCCCUGCCACAACCUGAGGAGCACAAGCUGUCGAAGCGUUUGUCUCAGCUACUGCUCCACCAUCAACUGAAGCAUAUGGCGCUUCAGUGCCGUUGCCAGUCGACAACGACCCGUCGGAUGUCCGUGACAUGGGAAGCGAUCGCAGUUACGGCCGUACGGUGCCACAAGUUUGGAACGCGCCGCGAUCCCUCGACCGCCGACAUUUUUGGGCUCGACCAAGGCCGAAAGACGCUUUUGCGCGAGUACCAUAAGUAUCUGGGGCAGAUCAACGCUCUGCAGUGCAAUGGAUGGCGUCCGUCGAUGCCCGUGAGUGCCUGCAUGGACCCGUUCUCGAAGCGCCGCAUUGCGCUUGUUGACUUCAAGUUCAACUGCGUGACGCUGGACACGACGUGUGGACCGCUUGUGUUGCGCGGUUUGAAGGCCUGGGUCGACGACGCGUCGACUGCGACCGAACUCAUUGUGAGUCGCCCAGUCAUGGAGUUACUGGGCUUCAGCGUGGAAGACUUCCUUGUCGGAGCAAGGAAAAAGAAGAAAGAAUGGAACGUUUCGUCCGUGCCGACAAAUCAGCUGUCCGGCAUGGCGAAUGUCAAGCGCCUGAUGGCGGAGAAGUUGAAUCCGCCGGAGCUUGACCCCGACGACGGGAUGGAGUGUGCUACUCCGGAGGUUUAUCCCAAAACCUCCGUCGAGGACGAAGCGGAGCGGCGCCGCACGAAGCAGGGCGACAAUUUGGGCGACGAUCCGCCAGCCAAGGUUGAACCACUGAAGGUUCGAAUCAAGCCCGGUUCGACGCCGGUGAAGUGUGGGAUGCGGCGGUACCCGCCGCUGUAUGUGGUGUACAUGCGCAGCCAUGUGGCUGCCCUGGAAGCGAAUGACCGCAGCCCCAAGAAUCAUGCCGAAGAAGGAAGUCGGCGAUUUGCGCAUGAUGAUCGACAGCAGGCCGAUCAACGCCUGCGCGAAGCCGAUACCUUAGGCGAUGCCAAACCUGGACAGCGCGAUGGUCUGUCUGGUCGGGACGGACGUAUGUACUUUUCGUUCAUGAUGACCUUCGGUGUGUACACCCCGACCCGCGUGUUCAUGGGACAGACGGACGAUGUCACGUACUGCCAGUCGAUGACGGACGAGCUGUUUUACUUCUUGGACCAAGUCUUGACCAUUUGCGCCCAGUUCGGACUCAAGUUGAGCCCGAAGAAGUGCCAUUUGUUUCUGCGCGAGGCAGAAUGGUGUGGCAAGGCAGCCAGAAGCUGCAAGAAAAUAGCGUUAGUGCGCGUUGCACUCCCUGCCAUGGGAUGGUCGUCCGACCAUCUCAAGUGUUUCAACGAUGUGAAACACGCGUUGGCGCAUGUGGUGCCUUGUCGAGAAGACAUGACUGUCUGCGUUUUCACGGACGCCAGUGACAUGUCUUGGAGUGCGGUUGCCACACAAGUACCGCCAGCGGACCUCGACUUGCCUCUCGAAGACCAGCGGCACCAACCGCUUGCGUUCAUCAGAGACCUACAGUAUGCCGUGGUCGAGUCGUGCAAGAGACUCAACUACCUGGCCGUACACCCGGGUGAUUUCCGUCUGUUUACAGAUCACCGCAACGUGGUGUAUAUUUUCAACCCAAGUGGAUCGAACGCCAACGUGGCCAAGUACCAGGCCGACAAGCUGCAGCGAUGGUCGCUGGUGAUGUCGACGUUCCCGUACAUCAUUGAGUGCGUCUCGGGUGACCCGAAUGUAUGGGGUGACCUCCUGAGCCGAUGGGGUUCGGCCCCGAUGGAUCAACCAGCUGCUAAUGUUCGCAAGUUGAUCCAUGUGGUGUCGCCUCUGCAACAAGUGGAUUUCGAGUGGCCGACAGCCGCUACGAUCAGCGGCAUCCAACGUUCAACCAUGGAAGGGGGAGGGAACCCUCCAAACGGCGUGGAUUGGGGUGGCGUUGACCUACAGCAGCGGAUUUGUGUGAUCGCUCACCAAGGAGCCAGCGGUCACCGUCGCAUUGCAGCGACGACCUCGGUGUCCAACAAGUUGGAGACGCUUUCCACGAACGUCGAAGCGUUCGUGCGUGUCUGUUUGCACUGCCUGUGCAUUGACGGAGACAUGGUCCCCCGUUCAUUGGGUUCGGGACUUCACGUGGAGAGGCCGAACGAGCUCAUCCAUUUCGACUGGUUGUCGAUGCCCAUGGCCAAGCCUGGCCAAAAACAAGUGCUUGUCGUGAAGGAUGACAUGAGUGGCUCUGUGCAGAUGUUCGCGACAGAGUCCGCUGACGCCGCCACGACCGCUCACUGCCUGAUGACGUGGUUUACGACGUUCGGCUGCGUUGACCCUUGGAUGUCCAAUGGCGGCUCUCCUUUCAAGAACGAAGACAUCGACAAGGUGCGGAAGUUGGUGGGUGCCCACCAUCACAUCACGUCAGCCUACAGUCAUUGGGCGAACGGGAUUGUAGAAGUAGUCAACCGACUAGUGUUGUGCGCCAUGAAGGCGCUUCUCAGCGAAAUGAAGCUGAACGUGGACGAAUUGCCGCAUGUGUUGCCCCUCGUUCAAGGUGCCCUCAACUAUCAGCCGGCGAACCGGCAGGGAGGAAUUGCAUCUGUGACAGCGUUUACCAGCCUGCCAGCCAAGACCCCAUUGGCAGCAUUUGUCCACCCGACGUCCAAGGAAGUUUACGUCGCGGACGGGCUUGGCGCUGCCCGUCAAAAACAUGUGACGGACCUCCAAGUGGCGCUUGAGGAAAUGCACCGCUACGUAGUGAUGCGAAGCGACAAGUUGCGUCAGCAAGUGCGUGGAUGCCGCGACCGAAAAUUCGAAGUCAAGUUUGCGGGGUUUUCAGUCGGCGAUUUUGUGCUGGUCGGAUCGGUCGUCAACCGACCGACAAAUUGGCCCUGCAUUGCUGGUGCCACCGUACGAAGUCAUGGUCCAUCAUGUGUGCCGAUUGAAGAUGCUCAGCAGCUGGUGCCACCGUACGAAGUCACAGUCCACCAUGCAUGCCGAUUGAAAUUGCACCACGAAGGUGACGAAGCGCGAUACAUGGAUGGCCAACACCAAGUUUUGGUGAAAUGGCUCGGUGUCGACGAUGAAGAAUCGUCCUGGGAACCUGCGGCGAAUUUGCUGGACGACAUUCCAGUCGUAUUUCGCAAGUGGCUGCGGCCAACAAGCGAGACCCUGUCGUGGUCGCCCUCAUCAAGAUACUGA